GUCACCCUGUCAUGUUCGCUCGCUUGGGUAGGCUUACCGUCCAGCGUACAAUGUCCACACAAGCACAACGAGUCACCGGCGGUCCAGUCGAAGAAGCGAUUCGCACAAAGCUCACAACACUCCUCUCGCCGACAUCGCUCAACAUACAGAACGACUCCUGGAAGCAUAGGCAUCAUGCACCUAUGAAAGCGAUCGGAGGUGGGGACGGGGAGACACACUUCAACGUACAAGUCGUGUCGACCGAGUUUGAGGGCAAGAGCACGAUGGCACGCCACCGUAUGAUCUAUGCUGCGCUGGCUGAGGAGAUGGAAGCUGGGCUGCAUGCCUUGUCUCUGUCUACAAAGACACCGAAGGAGAUGGAGAAGCUGGCGCAAGCAGGGGCACAGCCGGCGCUUGCCUGGGGUACACACUGACGAUGUGCAGAGCAAACGAGGAUGAGAUGCGAAGAGGUUGUGUUCGCUUUCAGCCAGCAAACUGGACAACAACAAAGCUAUGGCUGGCGUCCCACCAGCGGCAGCUACCCCGCGAGCCCUCACUGCGGAACUCUCGCAAGUUCUUUGUGCAGCCAGCGGAUACGAGCAAGCCAAGCGCUACGAGCGACUUCAUGGCCGAUAGAGAUGUCCUAGAUUGAGAAUAUCGUGAUGUGUGGUCAUUGCGCCGUUUCUGACAAACUGUCUGGCCUCGAGAUGUACGGCUUGGGAG